AUGGCUGUGCGGGCAGCCCUGCUGCUGGGGCUGCUGCUGCUGUCCCACCAGCCUGGGGACACAGCAAUCCUGGAAGCCAACGGCAACCUGAGCUGCCGCUGCCUGAAGAGCACCCGAGCCUUCAUCCCGCCGGUCGAGUACAGCAGCAUCGAGGUGUGGCCCGUGGGGAGCAGCUGCCGGCGGCCCGAGGUGGUGAUUAAGCUGAAGAGCCGGAAGAGGGUCUGUGUGGAUCCUGACACCCUCUGGGUGAAGAAACUCCUGCAGGACCUCCCUCACCUGAGGAAGAAAAAGACUCCCCGCUGAGGAAGCUGCCACCAGAGGCACGUCCAGAUGUUCUGGGCCCAAAACUGCCUCCCUUCCCCAUCCUGCUGUUGCCUUACCUGAGUCCAGAGGGGAGCAUGCUCCUGCCUGAGCCCCUUUUUAUGCCUUUGAACCCUUAAAAAUGCCCUUCCCUGCUU